AGCACCGUAAUUCACUUUGGGUAUUUGUUAAGAAGUCAGGUAAAUAGGCAAUAAUCGUGAAGGAAAGAUCGAUACAUUUCGAUCAAUUGAUUAGAUGAGUGUAACUGUAAAAAGUGCUUGAAUCAGCCAUGAAAACUUGUUAUCAAUCUGCUUACUUUUUCUUCUCAAGUUUCCCUUGUUUAACAAGUUUCUGAGAUACAUUGAACUAGCAAUUCAUUAUUUAAUGAAAAAUUUUCACAUAAAUUAUGAUUCAUUGUUUGAAAAAAACUAAAAGCUUGUUUAUUUAGUUUUGCUAUCAAAAUACUGAAAUGCCCAUCAAUAGCCUGCCAGAUGAAUGUUUACUCAACAUUUUCAUAUUUCUGGACAACUUAGAGGAUCUAAUCAACUGUUACAAAGUUUUAUCAUAACUGAACAAUGGCUUAGUAAAUAUCAGUGUCUCAUUGAAAUUCCUGUUUUUAGUGAAUUCGAGAUGGAGCCAUUUGGUCUCUUACAGAUUGUCCAAAGUUAAAUACUUGACAGCAUCAAAAUCUAAUGUAACCCUGGGGAUGAUAAACUUCAAUAAACCCGAUGUUUUAAAAGAGGCUGAUUUAGCUCGAUUGUUACCUAACCUUAAAAUACUUGACAUUACGCAUCCAUUUAAACAAGUUUUGAAUCACAAUGAGACUGUGGCAAUCAUUGAAAGUACUGAAACGAUUAAAGGGUUGAUAUUUGAAGCUAGUUCUCAACAUCUUUCUGUGACAAAACAUUGUAAAAAUCUCGAAAUGCUUGCAACAGGUGUCUUGGAAGAUCGCUUUAUUGAAAUUGGUUAUGGAUCUGAGAUCAAGCAACUUUAUCUCUGGAAUUACUUUCUAUCGACAUUCUCUAUAUUUGCUCAGUACUUUCCUAAAUUGAAAAGACUUCACAUUGAAAAUAGCGUAGGUAGUCUUUAUGAAUACAGAGGUCCUGUUUUAAAAAAUCUCGAGAUUCUUGAAGUGCUUUCAUCGUGCUGUGACGAAACAGAGGUUUACCAUGGAUUUAAGUUACUCGAUUCGUGUCCACGUUUAAAAAGUGCAUAUUUCUUCAUUGACUCUAACCAGGAUUUUUUGAACGAAUCCAUUAUAAACUCGACCGUCCAAGAUUUGGUCAUUUGUUAUAUGCCUGGCUGUGAACAAGAUUGGAUCUUUCUGAAGAAAUUUCUAUCCAAAUUUCCAAAUUUAAAACACCUUGCUCUGAGAGAGAACGAUAAAAUUAAAGAUAUUCAUAUAGAAGAGUUGAUUCAAAUAUUGCCAAACCUGAUAUUACUGGACGUGCGAGAAUCAUUUGGGGUAACGCAGAGAUCCGCUGAUUAUAUUAAUCGAUAUUGUAUGCGGAAUAAUCGUUCACUUUCAUUUUAUCACAAACCAGGCCAACGAAUAACAGGUGAUUGGUCUCAUUUAUCGACACGACAAGAAAGAGUUUGUCAAGGAUUUGAUUUCAUGAAACAUUGUUUUCUUAAAUCUUUUUAUCAACUGCCUCUAUUGAUGGAUCCUAAGGAUGAAAAUUGAUUGCCAUUCCAUUGAGUCUCAUUAAUUUGAUAACUAGAUAUUAUACAGCCUUUUACGCAACAAAAUUGAAGUGAUUUUAUUAUUGAACGUUUAUGUCCAUUUUAUAUGUCGGACUCACCCAAUCAUGAUUUAAUAUAUUAAAGAAAUUUUAUAUUAUAAUAA